AUGUCUGAUACCAAAGCUACACCUCCCAAGUUCAACCUGUAAGUUCUCUCCAGAUGGAACGGAAGACAUAAGCUAACCAAGGGUUGAUAAAGCGGAGAACAGUCUACAGUGACCAUCAAGGUCACCUCCAAGGCCAAGACGCAGACGUUCAUCGUACACAAAAGCUUCAUUUGUUACUACUCGCCUUUUUUUGCCGCCGCCUUUAACGGCUCCUUUAAGGAAGGCGAAACACAACAUCUCGAUCUUGAAGAUGUCCAUCCCAGCGCUUUCGCAGCAUUCAUCCAUUGGCUCUAUACACAACGGAUCCUUCACCAACGCGGAGAUCUGGGGCCUGGGGCUACAAUGGGUGAUGUUGUUGAGCUCUGGGCCUUAGGAGAUCGGUUCUUAGUCCCUCGACUGUCUAACGAAGUACUAAAGAUUCUUUCAUGCCAGGACUGGUUCCUAUAUCCUCAAAAUACUAGCGCUUAUUUGUGGCGUCGUAUCUAUGAGACGACCACGAAAGGAAGCAAACUUCGACGAUUCAUGAUCCGUAUAGGUUCCGAAGUAUUGUUCGACCGUGGCUAUGCUAAGGAUCAAGUAGCUCUUGAGAAAUAUCCCCACGAAAUGCCAGCCGAUGCGAUCGCGUGGAGAAGAGAUUACCACGUAACAGAAGGAAUCUAUUUUGGAGAACUAGAUUGGCCUGUAGAUGAUGAGACAUUGAGAAAAUACUAUCUUGAUGAGAAUGAGGUAUUUCUCCUACUCACACAAUCAUUCAAAACCCCCAUGUGCUGACUAGUGCUGUAAUUACACAAAACCUAGUUUCCGAGAGUAUAG